AUGGCUUCUCAAGAAUUUGCUGUAUUGUACACUCACCAAAAAAUGAAAAAAUCAAAAACGUGGCAAGAUGGAAUUCUGCGGAUUAGAACUGGCGGAAAUAAGGCUAUCUUGUUUGAUGACAAAGGACAAUGUUUGGAGAGUAUUUUUAUAAAAUCUCAGUUGAAUGCUGGAGAUAAUUUAGAAAGUGAACGGUAUUUGAUCACAGUUGAAGCAGUGCAAGGGAAUGAAAAGUCUUUUGAAGAUCAGCCAAGGAAAACAGAAACUCCAGUAGCAGAUAGAAAUGGCGUCAAACCUGGUGUUCUGCCUCCAAGACACCCGUCUGUUGGCUUGAAAAGGAAGUUUACGGGCUUCCAAGGGCCACGCCAAGUUGAAAAGAAAAUAUCAACAAUAGAAGAUGGAGAAAAUCCAGCAAUAUUGCCUUUAUCUAAGCAGUGUCAGGGUACUUUUCCAUCCAAGUUUUACAUUACCUCUCCAUUAUUUUCUAUGAUUUGCAAGAAGGAUGCAGAAACAAACCUAUCUGCAGACUUUCACGAAGGCGCUAAUGACAGAGAACACAUGUCUCUCUCCUCGCUGCUUUCAACUCCCUUUCUUGACAGAUGUGAGGAGACAGAGAAGCAAGACUCCCACCAGUGCAUUGUGAAGCCAGAAUCUCCUCUGGUGACCGGGCACGGCAAAGCCAGCGGUCAGACAGCCGGUCGCGGGGCAGUGUCGCACAACAUCAGGAGCACAGCGCAGAUAAUAGCUCUGCUGCAGUCUAAACCGACACAAGGAUGCAGAGAGCGAACGAGGUCUGAAGUCACGGAAUGUCUCUCUAGGUUUCAGGCGUCAGAAAAGGCAGAUGGUUUACACAGCCAAAAAAGCACAGUCCUACCUGCUUUUUCAGGCAGCCCUGCCAAAAGGCUCACUGACAAUGCUCAGGGCCUGCCUUUUGCAAAGGGAGCUGUAAAUGAUAGAAAGGAAUGGACUGCUGAAAUGCUUCUGAAUUCAGCUGAACAACCUUGGGAUAAAGAAGUCACAGGACAGAAAUGUGACAAAGAGGCAAAUAAUUUACGUCGAGACUUACAAGAUCCCUGCAAUACAAAUAGUUGCUUCCUACCUGAAUCUGACACAAGUGGAGUGAGUGACUGUCAGUUUGUCCCAUCCUUAGCUGAUGUUUUGUGUUCAGCAAGUCCAAUCCCCUUUGAAGAAAACCUCUCCAGAUAUAGGGAGCAUUCAGUGACUAACGGUCUUAAGGAGAACUCAUCUGUGACAGUGCAAAGCAAGCUUCAGCCAAGACAAUAUGCAGAAAGAGAGCCUCGUGGCCUGGAGCUCUCUGCAGACAUAACACUGACUAAAACUGCAAUUGCAGAGGAGGAAUUAUGCACACGUGGCAAAGACUGGGGUCCAGAUGAGCAGGUCAUGGAGGUUAACUUUAAUCUAGUGGAGGCUUUUGAUUUGAACGACAGAGACAAUGAAGACCUGUGUGAAAGAGAUGCAAAUAAGCUCACCGAAGGAGACAUGCUUUCACAAACUCCAGAUUGCUUAAAAGGAGAAGAUGUAGCACCAACUGCUGCGUUGAGACUUCGUUCUCGCUGUGAAGUAGCAACAUGCAGUAAAAAGGAAGAAGUCAAAUGUUUGGCGUUUGGUGGAGAGAACACUGGAAACGGCUGCACUGGGGGUAUUUCACCUCAGCCUUGUGACAUCAAUGUCGGAGAUACAGGGCAAAGCGCAGAAGACUCUGCGAACCAGACCAGAACUGAAGCGGAACUUCUGGGUGAUGGACACAACAUAAGCGAGGUUAAUGAAAGUCAAUUCAGUGUUGAAGCCACAAACGAUAGGAAGGGUCUCGAUGGCUGCGCAGCCCAUACCAUUCACGGCAUGUCGUGGAUAAACAGCAAGCGCUCUGAUCUUAGGCCUGGGGACGCAGAUCUUGAUGAAUGUCACUCUAAAACCAAUACAUUUGAGGAAAUUGAAAGUAUUUCGUGUAUUUCUACCAGCAGAAUAAUGCCUGUGAUGGACGAAAGGACUGAAGAAGAUGUUACGCAGCUUGGCUGCACGAAAUCCCCAGAUGUUGAUUUAGAACGCUUCUGGGGUACUAGGAGUGAUGCCAUUAAACCAGGUAGUCCUUUGCUGGCGUUGCCACGACAAUCAGUUCCUAGCUGUGGCUCAUUCCGAUAUAUUGCAGAAAACCAUCAAAAGGUAUUUGGCUUCUCACCUCAGGAAGAUAGUCUCAUUUCCAGCAGUUCUAUCUAUCCUAUAGGAAAAGGCCAUUUGUCUCCAGAGGAAACAGCAGUAGGUGAAACUGAGUUUGAAAAUGUAGAGAGCGUAAAUGCCUUUCGUGAAGCCUGUAAAGGUGAAAGAAUAGGAGUGGAUUGCCUGAAAUGCAUGGCAAUGGCUGAAAAUUCAUCAGAUCUUCCUGAUCUAGUAAACGAUAUCGUGCUCCUAAGAGCUUUGACUCAACAUAGCACAGCAUUAGAAAGCUUACAAAACAUGGAGGAAAACAAUAGCAUGUUAUGUGCAGCAGAGACUUCUAAAGAAAUACUUGAACCCCUUGUGAAAGAUGAAGCUGUAAAACAUAUUAUGGGAAUGCCUUACUCAGAAAGUACACAGGCAUCUUCCUGUUCAUACUUUGAUUCUCCUGGCCUCAUGCCUGUUGCGUUUCAAGGGCACCAAGUAAAGGGGUCAGCAGCUAGUGAGAUACUGUUGAGAGCUCCCUGCUCACAGCCAGGAUGGCAGCAGUACCCAGAUAAUACGGAGUUUACAGCUGAGAGAUUUUUGUCACCCCUGUUUUCAAGCAAUUAUGUCUUUUCUGACUUCAGACAGUCUCCAGGCUCAAGAAGUCUUCAUGAGGAUGAUAUCAACUUUAUCAGAGAAGAGAAUUUUCAAAAGAAGUCUAACAUCAUUAAAGGGUCAAGAACAGAUCGGUCCCCACAGGAGAAAUCCAGCUAUCCAGAGGCCUGCAACCUCUUCAGGUUUAAACCCACAGUUAAAACACGAGCUCCAUUUGUCACGCUUCCUGCCACUGAGAAGAUUUGUGACGUUUAUCCAACUAACAGCGAGGAGGUCCAGCAAUCUUUGGGCUCUUCAGCAGGGCAUUUAGGCAACAAGUCAGCGGUAUUUCCCAUUAGUGCUUUAGGCCCGGAGGACAGAAAUUAUGAAACCUCUGUGUUUGGAGAGGAUACGGAAGACGGACAAAGGGAAUCGGUACAAGUGUUCCCUAAUGUGACUUCACAAUAUAGACAAAGCAAGUGGCUGAAAUACCAAAACAGUGCUCAGUGUGACUUGAUCACUCAAAACAGCGAUGAUAGCGAAGUGACUGAUGACAUCUGUGCUAAGGACAUCCUUGGAAUGCUGCUAGGUGACACAGGAGAGAGCUGUGUUGUGAAUAAAAGCGCUCCCGGCUCUGCACCUCUACUGGCAGCGAAGAGCAUGCCUGGGAAAUGCUCUGCAAAUACCAGCGACCAAGAUUUGAUUUCAGAGAGGAAGUUACUUUCUCUGCACUUAGGUCAGACACCUCUGGCUGAAGCAACACAAAAGGUGUUAAGUCAUCUGAGCUGCCACACUGUCACAGGAGACGGCCAGGCCACAACGAUUUCAGAGUUGUCUUUUCCUAAUGUGGAUAAAGUAAAAAAUGCUAGUCUCCCCAAAAGAAAGAUUUCCAUACCAACUGUCUUUCAGUCUUAUGUUCACUACAAACAGGUUUUUAAAGCUGCUCUGACAGAGCAAUUAAACAUAAUGCUGUUUGAGUUGUCACAAAGAUUACACAACGCUCUUUCAAAAGCAGAUAUAUCAUUUUACACUUCGUUAGAAGAUGAGCAAAGCGAGAGCAAAGCAAGCUGCGUUCCACUCUGCAAUCACAUGCAUCCUGCUAAGCUCGUGACGGUUAAAAAAGAGGGUCAAAACAAGGGUCGUUUGUUCUACGCCUGCGAUGCCCCAAAAGCUGAGCAGUGUUCCUUCUUCAAGUGGAUAGAAGAUGUGAACCCCGCACAGACAAAAUCCAGACCUAGCGUAGUGCUUCGUGAUAUAAAAAGCGUUGGGACGUACCUCAGAAGCCAAAAGAUUUGUCUCUAUGAGGGCUGCCAGCUUUUGGUGAGGAAAGCCUUUGAAAUUCAAGCACAGCGGUGUAGUAAGUUCAAGAAAUUUAUGAAUACACCUGCCAUAUUUGAUGGUGAUUCCAAAACCAAAUUAUACCUCAAACUAAGCAGAAAGGAGCACUAUUCUUUCUAUAGCAAAGAUGAUAUCUGGGUUGUUUCAAAGACCCUGACCUUUGAUCCCCUUGAUACUUUCAUUGCAAGCAGUGCUUUCUUUGGACCAUCUUCCAACAACGAAGUGGAAUUACUACCACUGAAAGGCUACUCUCCCUCAAACUGGCGAUCAAAUAUGUGUGUUCAUGCCCUGCUGGUUUGUAACGCUAGCGGUGAGCUCACAUCUUUGAGAAAUAUGGAGGAGCACUUCAGUCCAUCUACCUUACCGAUAAUACCAUAUCUACUGAAAAUGAAUUUUGAGUCUGAAAACGCUACUAAUAGAGUCAACAAAAGAAAAUUUAUUCCACCUGCCGUCAGCCUGAAGCGCACAAUGAUGUCUGGACCUGUCAGCACCGAAGUGGCAAUGGAACUAGCUAAAAAGAUGAUCCAAACGUUCUCCUUGAACCCCGAUCAAGCUACGUCGCUGAUUCAGGUAGCUCAGAUGAUGACCUCAUGUGAAAACACCAAAGCAGCGGAAGAACGUCAGAUCUUCCCUAUCACAAUCAUACGAGGUGUUUUUGGAGCUGGAAAGAGCUAUCUGCUGUCUGUUGUGAUCUUGUUCCUAGUACAGCUCUUUGAAAGCAGUGAAGCUACGGAGGGUCCAAGGCCAGCUCCAUGGAAACUUCUGAUUGCGUCUUCCACUAACGUUGCCGUUGACAGGAUACUGCUGGGCCUACUUGAUCUUGGAUUUGAGGAUUUUAUCAGAGUGGGAAGCAUUAGAAAAAUCACCAAAGCAGUUCUUCCCCAUAGUUUACAUGCUGGCUCAGGAAACGAAAACGAGCAGUUAAAAGAGCUGCUUGCUCUCAUGAAAGAAGAUUUAACCCCAGCUGAAAAAGUAUACGUGAGGAAGAGCAUUGAGCAACAUAAACUGGGGACCAAUAAAACGAUACUGCAACAGGUGAAGGUUGUGGGAGUGACCUGCGCUGCCUGCCCGUUUCCGUGCCUGAACACCCUGAAGUUUCCCGUAGUCAUGCUGGACGAGUGCAGUCAGAUGACUGAACCUGCUUCUCUCCUCCCUAUCGCAAGGUUUCAGUGUGAAAAGCUAGUCCUUGUAGGAGACCCGAAGCAAUUACCGCCAACUAUUCAAGGGUCUGAGAGUGUUCACGAGAAAGGACUGGAGCAGACUCUCUUUGACCGGCUUUGCUUAAUGGGACAUAAAACAAUACUUCUUCGGACACAGUACCGAUGUCACCCUGCCAUUAGUGCCAUCGCCAACGAGCUGUUCUAUGAAGGAAAUCUGAUAGAUGGUGUUUCCAAGAAAGACAGGAGUCCUUUAUUGGAUUGGCUUCCAACACUAUGUUUUUAUAGUGUUAAUGGGGUAGAGCAAACUGAGAGAGACAACAGCUUUUAUAACAUGGCGGAAGCUCAUUUUGCGGUCAAGCUCAUCCAGUCUCUGCUCGCAAGUGGAAUAGAAGGGUCUGCAGUUGGCGUGAUCACUCUUUAUAAAUCGCAGAUGUGUAAGAUCCAGAACUUGCUCCGAGGCGUUCACUCCGAGGCUUUUGAAGUUAAAGCUGUCCAGGUGUCCACUGUAGACGCGUUCCAAGGAGCUGAGAAAGAGAUCAUUGUUUUGUCAUGUGUAAGAACAAGACAAAUUGGGUUCAUAGACUCGGAAAAGAGAAUGAACGUUGCACUAACAAGAGCAAAGAGGCAUUUGUUAAUCGUCGGAAAUCUGGCCUGCUUAAGUAGGAACGCGCUGUGGGGCAGAGUAAUUCAUCACUGCAAAGGAUGUGAAAAUGGAUUACAACACGUAAGCCAGUGCGAGCAGCAGCUAAACGACAUUCUUGAGUGUUAUUUGGAGAAAUGGAAGGAAGAGGAACAGAAUAAGAAAAAGGAAAGAUAAAACGUGCGCCU